AUGGAUGACAAAAGCCUAUAUCAAUUUGUUUCUAUCUAUCUAUCUAUCUAUCUAUCUAUCUAUCUAUCUAUCUAUCUAUCUAUAUUCUGCUCAUAUCAAUCAAUUCAUCAGCCUAUAUCAAUUUGUUUCUUUCUAUCUAUCUAUCUAUCUAUCUAUCUAUCUAUCUAUCUAUCUAUCUAUAUUCUGCUCAUAUCAAUCAAUUCAUCAGCCUAUAUCAAUUUGUUUCUUUCUAUCUAUCUAUCUAUCUAUCUAUCUAUCUAUCUAUCUCAUAUAUAUAUAUAUAAAAUUUUCCAUUCUUCCUUCGCUGCCAUUAACUUUUUUUUUUUCCCGCUUCCGUCUUUCAUUUUCACAAUUUUAAAUUCUUCCUUGCUUUUUCACCUUUCUUUAUUUGAUUUUUGUUCCUGUCUUUCUUCUAUCCUAGUCUCUCUACUUUCUUUCUUUUUCCUCUUCUUUUACCUCUCCCAUCUUUCUUUUCCCUAUCAUCUUCCUCCCCACCUUCUCUCUUUUUCCUAUCUUGUUCAGGCUAACUUGCUUUUCCUAGCAUUUUUCUUCUUUUUUCUUUCCCUUCAUAUCCUGCAUUUCUUUCUUUCUUUUUCCCAUCCUGUCCCUUCUUUCUUUCUUUCUUUCUUUCUUUCUUUCUUUCUUCAAUCAUAUUUCUAUUCUUUCUUUCUUUCUUUCUUUCUUUCUUUCUUUCUUUCUCCUAUACUGUUCCUUCUUCUUUCUUUCUUUCUUUUUCCAAUCGUAUUCAUACUUUCUUUUUUUUCCUGUCCUAUUCUUUCUUUCUUUUUCCUAUUUUAUUUUUUCUUUCCUUCUUUUCCUCAUCCUGUUCUUUCUUUCUUUCUUUCUUUCUUUCUUUCUUUCUUUCUUUCUUUUCUUUCUUUUCAUUAUUUCCUUUCUUUUUCUCCUCUCCUGAUCCUUCUUUCUUUUCUUUCUUUCUUUCUUUCUUUCUUUCUUUCUUUGCUUUUUUUCUUUCUUUCUUUGCUUUUUGUUCUUGUUCCUUUUUCUUUCUUUCUUUCUUUCUUUUUUCUUUCUUUCUUUUUUCUUUCUUUCUUUCUCCUAUCCUGUUCCUUCUUCUUUCUUUCUUUCUUUUUCCAAUCGUAUUCAUACUUUCUUUUUUUCCUGUCCUAUUCUUUCUUUCUUUUAACUAUUUUAUUAUUUCUUUCCUUCUUUUCCUCAUCCUGUUCUUUCUUUCUUUCUUUCUUUCUUUCUUUCUUUCUUUCUUUCUCAUUAUUUCCUUUCUUUUUCUCCUCUCCUGAUCCUUUCUUUCUUUCUUUCUUUCUUUCUUUCUUUCUUUCUUUCUUUCUUAUGCUGUUUGUUCUUUCUUUCUCUUUCCUAUCCUGUUCCUUCUUCUUUCUUUCUUUCUUUCUUUCUUUCUUUCUUUCUUUCUUUCUUUCUCCUAUCCUGUUCCUUCUUCUUUCUUUCUUUUUCCAAUCGUAUUCAUACUUUCUUUUUUUCCUGUCCUAUUCUUUCUUUCUUUUUCCUAUUUUAUUUUUUCUUUCCUUCUUUUCCUCAUCCUGUUCUUUCUUUCUUUCUUUCUUUCUUUCUUUCUUUCUUUCUUUCUUUAUUUUCUUAUCAUUAUUUCCUUUCUUUUUCUCCUCUCCUGAUCCUUCUUUCUUUCUUUCUUUAUUUAUUUUCUUAUCAUUAUUUCCUUUUUUUUUCUCCUCUCCUGAUCCUUCUUUCUUUCUUUCUUUCUUUCUUUCUUUCUUUCUUUCUUUCUUUCUUAUGCUGUUCUUUCUUUCUUAUGCUGUUCUUUCUUUCUUUCUUUCUUUCUUUCUUUCUUUCAUAUGCUGUUCUUUCUUUCUUUCUUAUGCUGUUCUUUCUUUCUUAUGCUGUUCUUUCUUUCUUUCUUUCUUUCUUAUGCUGUUUGUUCUUUCUUUCUCUUUCCUAUCCUGUUCCUUCUUCUUUCUUUCUUUCUUUCUCCUAUCCUGUUCCUUCUUCUUUCUUUCUUUUUCCAAUAUUUUUUCUUUCCUUCUUUUCCUCAUCCUGUUCUUUCUUUCUUUCUUUCUUUAUUUUCUUAUCAUUAUUUCCUUUCUUUUUCUCCUCUCCUGA